AUGCCGCCCAAGAAAUCUGCCUCGCCCUCGGCACGCUUCAAGAAGCCUGCCGCCUCCAACUCCUCUCCCUCGAAAACCUCAGCAAGCAAAGGUCCCGUAGUCCUCUACUGGCAUCGCACAGACCUCCGCCUCCACGACUCGCCUGGCCUUCAGCACGCCUUAUUCCUCAAGCCAGCUGCGUUCUACCCAAUUUGGACCUGGGAUCCGCACUAUGUCUUCAAGGCACGUGGUGCUGCCAAUCGAUGGCGCUUCCUGGUGGAAUGUAUGAAGGGACUGGACGUAGGGUAUCGGCGGAUCAGCAAGAAACAGCAGCUGUGGGUUGUCCGGGAAGGGCCGACCACAGUGAUUCCGAAGUUGUGCAAGCUGUGGGGCGUGACGCAUCUGGUGUUCGAAGCGGACGGGGAUUGGUAUGCUCGGCAGAGAGACGAGGAGGUCACGAAGGCUCUGGAGGACGUUGGUGUCGAAGUCACGGGCAUAUGGGGUGGGCGGACACUGUUCGUCGAGUCGGAGGUCGUGAAGGGAAAUGGUGGAAAGCCGACCAUGAGUAUGGGACAGCUGCUGAAAGCAGUGGACAAGGAGAAGCUCGAGGUCAAGCGACCGGUGGAUGAUGUCGAGGCAGUUCCUGAGCCCGGAAUGGACGUGCUGGCUAGUCUAAAGGACCUGGAGAAAGACCCUGGACAAACCAAGCCAAAACAGCAGGAGGGCGGCAAGGAUGACCAGAACGCAGAAGCAAGGACCAAGGGUGAAGCUACAGAGUUCGUGAGCCUGCUGGGACCAAAUGGUGACUGCGGAGUUCCAACACUAGAUGAGAUGGCCAUGGAUCCCAAAGAUGCCGAGACCCCUCAUCAUGGUGGCGAGGAGAACGCGCUGAAGGAACUGAAAAGAGUGCUCGACGAUGAAGAAUACACAGCAACCUUUGAAAAGCCGAAGACCGCACCGACAGAUUUCGAGCCUCGAGCCACCACUGUUCUGAGCGCACACCUUCACUUCGGCAGUCUCAGCAUUCGCCGUUUCUACUGGGGUGUGCAAGACAUCUUCGAGAAGAGACGGAAAGCUAAGAAGACAGUGGCCGCGGAGCCAAUGAAUCUGAUUGGGCAGGUGCUGUUCAGAGACAUGUACUUUUCGGCGCAGUAUGCACUGGGUCAUGCUUUCCAGGGGGAGGAAGGCAACGAGGUAUGUAGAGUGAUUGACUGGUACCUGCCAAGCGAUGGCAGGGGUGGCUAUGAGGUCGACGAUGAAAAGGCUGAGGAGUGGUUCAUCAGGUGGAAGGAAGGCCGGACAGGCUUUCCGUUCGUCGACGCUUUGAUGAGGCAACUGAGGAGGGAGGGCUGGAUACACCACCUGGGGAGGCACAUGGUCGCGUGCUUUUUGACAAGAGGCGGAUGUUAUGUGCACUGGGAGCGAGGGAAGGAGGUUUUCGAAGAACUGUUGAUUGACCACGAGAGCGCAAGUAAUGCGGGGAAUUGGAUGUGGCUGAGCUGUACGGCUUUCUUCAUGGGAUCCAGAAGGCGCCUCGUGAGGAACUAUAUUCCUGAGCUGGCCAACUUCGACAAGAAAUAUAUAUAUGAGCCACACAAAGCCCCCAUAGCCGACCAGAAGAAAUGGGGAUGCCAGAUCCGAGGCGACGGAACCGAAAAGGGUAAUGGCGACAUGAAGACAUACCCAAAGCCUAUGUUCGACUUCAAUGAGAGGAGGCAGGCAUGUAUAGAUGGCAUGAAACAUGCGUACGACAUCAAGAUGUAUGGUAACGACAAGAGGCGGCUGAACGGUGAAUGGAAGAAGGUCUUCGGAAAGGAAGAUGGAAAAGCUUCAAAAGGUCGUAAACGAGCAAGGGACGAAGACGAGGACGACCAUGACAGCGACGAUGGGGAGCAUGCUGAUCAUGGCGAUAUCACUGACGGCGAAAAUCCACAGAAGAAGAAGGUUGCUCGGUCCGGGAAGGCGCAGACGAAACUGGACAAGAUGGUGUCGAGAGGGAAGAAGUAA